CGCGGCUCCGCGGUGGCGGGGCGCUAGUCGACGCCAGCCCAGCGACGCGAGAGCGGGACAUGCUGGAGCUGCGGCACCGCGGGGGCUGCCCCGGCCCCGGGGGAGCGGGGACGCCGCCACCCCGCGAGGGAGAGGCGGCCGGCGGCGACCACGAAACCGAGAGCACCAGCGACAAAGAAACAGAUAUUGAUGACAGGUAUGGAGAUCUCGAUGCCAGAGGAGAUUCCGAUGUUCCUGAGGUCCCACCAUCCUCAGACAGGACCCCCGAGAUUCUCAAGAAAGCCCUGUCUGGACUGUCAUCAAGAUGGAAGAACUGGUGGAUUCGUGGGAUCCUCACCCUGACCAUGAUCUCCCUCUUCUUCCUGAUCAUCUAUAUGGGGUCCUUCAUGCUGAUGCUUCUGGUUCUGGGCAUCCAGGUGAAGUGCUUCCAGGAGAUCAUAACCAUCGGGUACAGGGUCUACCACUCCUACGACCUCCCGUGGUUUAGAACACUAAGUUGGUACUUCCUCCUAUGUGUGAACUACUUCUUCUAUGGAGAGACAGUGGCAGAUUACUUCGCCACGUUCGUUCAGAGGGAGGAGCAGCUGCAGUUCCUCAUUCGCUACCACAGGUUCAUAUCCUUCGCCCUCUACCUGGCAGGUUUCUGCAUGUUCGUCCUGAGCUUGGUGAAGAAACACUACCGACUACAGUUCUAUAUGUUCGCAUGGACUCACGUCACUUUACUGAUAACCGUCACUCAGUCACAUCUUGUCAUCCAAAAUCUGUUUGAAGGCAUGAUAUGGUUCCUUGUCCCCAUAUCAAGCGUCAUCUGCAAUGAUAUCACGGCUUACCUUUUUGGAUUUUUUUUUGGAAGAACUCCUUUAAUUAAGCUGUCUCCUAAGAAGACCUGGGAAGGAUUCAUUGGUGGUUUCUUCUCCACAGUCAUAUUUGGAUUCAUUGCUGCCUAUGUGUUGUCCAAGUAUCAGUACUUUGUGUGCCCGGUGGAGUACCGAAGCGACGUCAACUCCUUCGUGACAGAAUGUGAGCCCUCAGAACUGUUCCAGCUUCAGAAUUACUCCCUCCCUCCGUUCCUACAGGCAGUGCUGAGCCGGGAGACCGUGAGCUUGUACCCCUUCCAGAUACACAGCAUUGCCCUUUCAACAUUUGCAUCACUGAUCGGCCCAUUCGGAGGCUUCUUCGCCAGUGGAUUCAAAAGAGCUUUCAAAAUCAAGGACUUUGCAAACACUAUUCCUGGGCAUGGAGGGAUAAUGGACAGGUUCGAUUGUCAGUAUUUGAUGGCGACGUUCGUGCACGUGUACAUCACCAGCUUCAUCAGGGGUCCGAAUCCCAGCAAAGUGCUCCAGCAGCUCCUAGUGCUUCAGCCAGAGCAGCAGUUAAACAUCUACAGAACCCUGAAGAUACAUCUCACGGAGAAAGGCAUCCUGCAGCCCACCUGGAAGGUGUAGCUGUCCUGAGGGGACAGACUGCUGAGGAGGAAGGAGCUCACAGAGCAGCUCCGACUGAAGUCUUGCACUGAGCCAGCCUGGGGCUAGAAACUCAGUAGAUGCAGGUUUUGCAGAUACGAAUGUUUCUCUUUCUCUGAAAUUACUGUGAAUAUUUAACAAACACGAGAUCUGAGACGAGUGCGCAUCAGUCGCCGCCGUGAAAGAUCCGUGCUUUUCUAAGAUGUAUUUUCCAAUGUUAAGUUCUCCGCCCUUACUGGCCGGGCUCCAUGAUGUAGGAGGUUUAAAGAGUCAAGCACUGUCACCUGAGGCUGAGGCCCCCUUAGGCUCGUGCCUGGCAGUGUGAUCCUUCUCACAAACACUGACCUUUGCACUGACUGGGAGCUGCCUCUCUGUGGCUGGGGAUGCUCAGCAGGCACCCUGGGAAGCGAGGCCUAGGGCUUCCUCCUCUACUGACCUCAGGCAUUUCUGCAGGCUGAGUUAGAUUAAAAAAGAAAGAAAAAGA